CACCACAAUAAUUUAUCACCAUUCUUAUAUAUUUACCAGAUCCUGAAAAGAACGAUAUACAAAAUGACAACGAUCCGCAUUGGGCUAGGACUAGCGGCGGCGGUCGUUUUCGCGACGUUGCUGAUACAAGUUGGGACGGCGACAGAUGAUUAUGUCACGAUUCGUGUUAACAACAAGUUAAGCAGCAAAAAGACAUUGAUAGUGCAUUGUCAAUCCGGCGACGACGACCUCCACGCUCACGCGGUGGUCGCGGAUUUUUACUUCGAUUGGAGUUUCGGGUGGACACGUGCGACGCUUUUUUGGUGUCGGCUGGCGUUUCAAGAUAAGCGUCUUGGUUUCACAGCGUUCAACGGAGAUGAUGUAUACACUUACGACGUAUUCGUUGCGGACUUCGAUGUGUACGAUGAUGGAGUUUAUGGGACUCAAGUUGUAUCUCAGCAACGACUUCAUUUUGCUAGAUGGCAUUGAUUGAUUUAACCUAGUUUCCGUUCUUAAUUACUAUUGAAGAAAAGGAUCAAAAUGAACGUGAAAGGAAGAAAAGAAAAAACCCAUUAUCUAAUCUACAAGAUAUAUAAAGGCAAAACAUGGGUUGGAAUUCUCCCAUUUCAAAUUUCGUGGCCUGGGAGUGAUUGUAGGAAUGUCAUUUUUGUCAUUGCACCCACUUUAUCUUUAUAUAUUAAAAAUGUUAUCAUUGGAGUUCGAACUUGGAUCAAUUAAAUGAAGAAAGAGCAUUAUAACCAACUAGGCUACAUUAUAUCUAUUGUUAUUUCUUUGAUUAAACUCUAGGAAUAUGUUUGGUGAUGAUGCUUCUAUAUUUAUAUUUUAUCUUUAAGUUAUUUAUAUUUUAUAGAAUGAGAUUAGUUCUGAAAUCGGAACUCAAGUAGUAUUGAUUUAAAAAUUAAUAUUAAAUUGUAUGUGUAGUUUAGUUUAGACAAACUACAGAAGUGUAACCAAAACAUGGACCUUUGUAACGAGUAUAGCAUUUUUUUGUGACAAAUCUAUACAUAAUAUAAUGAUAAAAUUGGAAAAUGAGAGUCUUCUUUUAAAUUUCGUGGCCUGAGAGUGAUUUUAACAUUUAUGAUUAUUUUUAUCUUGGUGUUGUGAAUAGGUAAAAACUUAAUUAUUAGAAUGCAUGUAACUAUACGCAGACACAUGAUCGAGCUAGCAUGACACAGUUAGAGCAUACAAUGAAGACAAUGUAUAUGGAUCGACCCUAUACAAGUAUGAAUGCUUCAUGGGUCAAACCUGACUUAAACUUCAAGCGCUCGCGCACAAGUGCGAAAACCACAUAGUCUAUAUUGGUACAAUCAUGUUUUAUGGAGAAAUGCGCCAUUUGAGAGGAAUAAGCGGCCAUUUGGUCGCCAGGUUUCAGGUCCUCUGAUUCACACUAUUGAUUGUGAAUGGAGAAGAAGCAUUUCGAAUGCAAAAUUGGAUAAGUAAUUGGGAUGUUUCUAGGUUUCUCUCAAUUUCAGGCGGUGGGAAGAAAGAGGAAGGAAAGGGGGAGAGUGGUGAGAUACAAAGCUCAAAGAGAGAGAGAGAUUGACAAAAUCAAUUUAAAUUUUAAAUAUAUUAUAUAUUAAGGUUAGAAAUUUUAAAAUGUGAUCAAAACAAGGGUUGACCUCAAUCUUCAAUUGUCGUAAUAAUGAACAAAAAACCGUGUCAAUUUACGCUAACAUCUUUAAUUUUACCACUUGCAUAUAUUUUAGAUAUUUCUAAAAAAAAUGGUGUGACUUUAGAAAUUCAUCUAACUACCAUUAUGAGGAGAAAUUCCUAAGUAAAAAAAGGCACGGAUUAGUUGCAAUUCUAUACUACAUCACCACAUUAAAAAAAUGCCAAUGUUUAAGAUUUAAGUUCAUCAUCUCAUUAAGGUCUAAUUUUAGACUAUGAUGGAUAUAGAACAUGGUUGUCAAAUCGGUGCCAUUCCGACCAAUUCAACAAGUGUCGAGCACCAAACCCACUGGAAAGUGGUCGGUUUGCAACUUUAGUACUCAAUAUCGGCCGAUCUGACUAGAUAUUCGGAUUGCCAUCACUUUCACAAACGUCCCCCCCACAACACAAGUAUUUGUACAACAAAUAUGCUUGGGACUCGAGCACAACAAUUUAAAUCUGCCCGCGGGUAUUACUCGAUUUGACCUAUGAUGAAACGGGUAUUACCUGACGUGCAGUAGCGUGGGCGGAGCAUGGACAUCUACUUCUCAUACGCUCUUCCCCACUCCGCUCCGCUCCGUUCUUGUUCCAUUCUACUUCAAUUUCUUACAAUAUCUAUACAUAUUUUUCCUAUUUUGACUUUUCUUCAACUAGUUAUAGUCGAUUUUUCAAUUGGUUAGACUCAAUUACCAAUUCUAUUAUCUCUAUUUUUAUUCUUAAAGUGUUUUUCCCUUCGUUUUAUCGUAAAAAGUAAAAUUUGCGCGUAUUU